UCAGUGUGCAAACAUGGUCAAGUUGACUCUAUAUGGUGUGAAUCCCAGUCCGCCAGUUCGUGCGGUCAAACUCACGCUGGCUGCCCUUCAGCUGUCCUAUGAGUUCGUGAAUGUUAACAUCUCGGGUCAGGAACAGCUUUCUGCGGAAUAUCUGAAAAAGAAUCCGGAGCACACGGUGCCCACACUGGAGGAUGAUGGUCACUUCAUUUGGGACUCGCAUGCCAUCAUCGCGUACCUGGUGUCCAAAUAUGCCGAUACGGAUGCCCUGUACCCCAGAGAUCUGCUCCAGCGAGCUGUGGUGGAUCAGCGGCUGCACUUCGAGACAGGAGUGGUGUUCGCCAAUGGCAUCAAGGCCAUCACCAAGCCGCUGUUCUUUAAUGGCCUGACCAGGAUACCCAAGGAGCGCUACGAUGCCAUUGUCGAGAUCUAUGACUUUGUGGAGACCUUCCUCGCUGGACAGGAUUACAUUGCCGGGGAUCGGCUGACCAUUGCCGAUUUCAGCCUGAUCUCGUCGAUCACUUCGCUGGUGGCGUUUGUGGACAUCGAUCGGGUGAAAUACCCCAGGAUCAUUGAAUGGGUCAGGCGAUUGGAGCAGCUGCCCUACUACGAGGAGGCCAAUGCGAGAGGCGCCCGGGAAUUGGAGACCAUUCUAAAGUCCACCAAUUUCACUUUUGCAGCCUAGCUUUGAAAUCAAAAUACAAAUUUAUGAAAUAAAUUGGAUCUAAGAGAAAGUAUCGGUGUAGAAAACAAGAGAACUUAGUUCCAUGAAA